UCGAGGGGCGGGGAUUGCGAGUAGGAUGAGUGUAUAUACUUUUACGUACCUCACGAGCUUGGUGUGCGGUCCCGGAAGACGGAGAUGUCGGCUGCGAUGACGGCGUCUGUCGCCGGCUGGCCCUCCGGAGAGCCCAGUCUCGAAUGGGAAUCUCUUCUCUUCAGUGAAAUUGGUGAUCUCUUAGGAGAAGAUGAACUUCAACUAGAUGUUGAGAAUGAAACCUAUGAAAGCAACCUUGGUGAUCUUGACUUUGAUUUAGAUUUGAUGUCUUGGGAUUCAGAUGCAUGGGAUAUUAUGAAGCAGACCCCAUCAGAUAUAGAGUGCAAAGCAGAACCUCUCUCACCAACUGCUUCAACAGAUUCAGUUCCUUCUCCUUUACCUGUGGACUCUCCAGUACAACAUGUACCUGAAGGUGUGGAGUUUGGCACUAAUUCUCACUUAUCCACUGCAUCGUUAUAUGACAAACACAGCUCCAAAUCAUCAUUACUGCCAGAGCAAACUGAGAAGUCCCCACCUAAAACUACGCGUUGUUCAGCAAAUGGAUUGUCAAUGACCCUGAAACGAAGUAAUCGAGCAGCCUCAAAACCAUUAAUUCAGCCCAAGCCUCUGUUGGGAGCCUUCUGUGAAACUCAGCCUAGUCACCAGGCAAAAGCCAUUGUCAUUCCAGCUCUUCCCGCACUCCUGACCCUGCCUAAGCAGCAGCCAGUGGUUACAAUUCAGCCAGCACCUCCAAAAGGUCAGCCACUAAUGCUUCCUCAGCCUGCUGUGGUUCACCUUCAGACGUCUGGAAUCCUUCCGGCUUCAAAUCCAGCCAUUGCUGUUAGUGGUGGAGUAAAACCAUUAACAGGUCACACCAUUAGGGUUUUACCACAAUCAGUAGGAAAGAGUUUGACCAGUGGGAACCUAACAGACGUUAAGCCGGUUCUUCACGCCACUUCCUCAAACACAAACAUGGAUAUGAAUGUUCUAAAACGGCAGCAGCGCAUGAUAAAAAACCGGGAAUCUGCUUGUCAAUCACGGAGGAAGAAAAAGGAAUAUAUGCAGGGUUUAGAAACUAGACUGAAGGCUGCUUUGUUAGAAAAUGAUCAUCUGAAAAGAGAGAAUGGUUCACUGAAGAGACAGCUGGAUGAGCUGGCAGUGGAGAAUCAGAAUCUCAAAGGCUCCCCUCCAAAAAGAAGAGCAAUCUGUGUGAUGGUGGUGUUUGCUUUUGUAAUGCUGAAUUAUGAUCGGCUAAGUGGGUUUGAAUGGGGACCUGAUUCUGCUGAACAUCCUGCCAGCACUGGCUACCAAAAUCGACAUCUUCUUGAAUUUUCUGCAAGCAGGCCCCAGGAAACAGAUGGCAAGAAUAAUGACGGAUAUAAGCCAUCGGUUUCGGAUAACAAAGCACUCAUGGUAGUUACUGAGGAACCAAUAAUAUAUGUUCCUCCCCAACCCUGCCAGCCAUUUAUCAACAGGACAAAAUCACUCAGGUUAAGUCAUGAACUAAGAGGUUGGGUGCAUAGACAUGAAGCAGAAAGAACACGAUCAAGAAGGAUGUCAAAUAAUCAGCAGCAAAAAGAGCAGACUGUCCAGAGUGCUUCAGGAAAAAAUUCUGAACUAAUGACUCUUCCAUAUACAGACAACAGUGUUGGUAGGAAUUCAGGAAGUGAGCUACAGGUUUAUUAUGCUUCGCCACGAAAUUAUCAAGAUUUUUUUGAUGCCAUUCACAGAAGGGGAGAUACAUUCUAUGUGGUGUCAUUCCGUAGGGAUCAUCUGUUGUUACCUGCCACCACGCACAAUAAGACCAGGCGACCAAAGAUGUCAAUAGUGUUACCAGCAAUAAACAUCAGCGAGAAAAUAAUUAAUGGGCAAGACUAUGAAGUUAUGAUGCAGAUUGACACCGAAGUCAUGGACACCAGGAUCCUGCACAUCAAAAGCUCAACCAUCCCACCUUACCUUCGAGAUCAGCAGAGGAACCACACAACAUCCUUCUAUCAUUCUCCUCCAACCGUUCCAGAGGCAGCUCCAGCUGUGAGAACAAUCACUGAAUCACCCCAGUAGACUCUCCAAAGGAGGCUUUCAUACGUGCUCUGGGAUAGGCGACCCACGUAGGUUUGCCAUGGUAGUGUCAGGGGCAGCCUCGUGUCUUAGACAACAGCUUGCGGUUUCUGGGUCUCAGGAUUUUGCCUGUUUUUAGACCUAGCCAAAAAAUAGUUUCUCGCCCACUCUGUCUAGAUUAUCUGCCAUCUUUAUAAGACAAUAUUUAUGGGUCUAAGAACGCCACUUUGUUAAAAGAAAUGCUAAAAUUGCAAUGGGUAAAUUAGUGUUAUCGAUGGGAGUGAGGCUUCUGUGGGGUUAACUAAAUCCUGGGAUGGUGGGUGGGUGGGUGGGCACUAAAUGCCAUUUCUUUCCCCUGCCUUCUUAGAAAUAAAUAUCAAUUUCUUGCCAGUUUCUGCAGAAGAAAUGUAGGAGCCGCGUAUGGAUUACAGGUUGUCCCUCGUUAAUUGUUUUAAUUGUUCUACUUUUAAUUUCGGUUCAUCUGUAGAAUUUAUUCUUUUACAUUCUUCAUUCAACCUUAUUCUGGGUUCUCUUUCCUGCUUCUUUUUACCAGCGGGGAAAGGAGGGAGAAAAUAAGGAACUACAGGCUCUUGUUAACCGAAUUAGAGUUUAAGCCGUUCUUUGUCGCCCUCUCUAUUUUCAGUACUUUUUCAUUAUUUUAUUCAGUCUCUGGACAAAGUACUAUAUCCUACAUCGGCUUUUCCUGGUACUUUUCAUUAUACAACAAAUGCCCAACCCAGCUGUUUUAAAUUUGUUACAUAAGAUACAGAUGUUUUGUUGAUACCACCCUUUUAACUAUGUGCAAAUUUGUAAAGUAUUGUUACUGGGGAAUUGUUUCUAGUACUAUUAUGGAAAUUAAAAUUCUCCCAGAGUGUAUCUGAAACCAGUUUCACGGGCACCUAUUGACCGAGACUUGCAACAUUAUUAAUGAAGAGCUUUGUUCUGAACACUAACACUUUUAUGACUUUGGACUAAAGGGAAUGUACUGGAAUUGGAGCAAGUGGUGCUUGUCUAUUGGCCCAGGUUCCAUAGAAGAGACCCAAAACCCAGAUAUUCCAGAAAGAAGCAAUGUUCAUGUGUGUGCAUCUUCAUGAGCUUCCUGCAUGAAUUUGCUCAUAAGAAUAAUUUAUGUCCUCUGGUUUGGCAACAAUAAAAAGGGUGGGUUGUAGUGGAAAGGCCCCCAUUCAUAUUGAGAGCACUAGAUCGAUGAGAACAGGUUCUCUGCCUUUUCCACUCCGCCUCUUUCAUUGACAUAGUUCAUGCCCACAUUGGGCAUAUAGACUACCCACAUUGGGCAUAUACUUUGAGAUUGGAACAAGAGUGCGUUGGCCGAUGCAUAUAGAUCUUUGCAGGGGAUACGAAUUAGAGCAUAGUUCUGCAUAAGCUAAAGUAUUUAUUUCUGAUCAAAUAUCUGAGCCUCCUUUCGAUGUAAAUAUCCUCAGGGCAGAU